CGGGCAGUUGCGUCUGUCUGCCUGGCAGUCCGUCGCAGAGCAACAGCUCCGAACUCCCACACAAUCACAAGAGCUCGCAACUGGGACCCGUGUUACCAUUCGCCCAAUAUGGAGUCCGUCAUCCUGCACCCGAUGCCCGUGAUCAACAUCGGCGACUACGUAACGAGACAUUACCUGAGGAAGCAGCCGGGCCCGAUCGUGGGAGCACUGUUCGGUCAGCAGAAUGGCCGCGAGGUCACCAUCGAGCACGCCUACGAGGUCAAGACCCUGGUGAACGGAGGCCAGGUCACCCUAGAGCCUCUCUGGUUCGAGACUCGCCUGGAGCAGAUGAGACUCGUGCAUAAGGAUCGCACUCUCGACCUGGUGGGUUGGUUCACCGUGACCCCCCGAACCGGACCAGGCAGCCACGUCCACCCCAUACACAACCAGGUUCUUUCCUACAACGAGUCCGCCGUCCUGCUCGGCUUCCAUAGGGAUGAGGUGGGCGAGGAGUCUGUUGGUGGAAAGCUGCCCUUUACCGUCUACGAGACGGCGUACGAGGUCGACGAUGCCGCCAGAGACACCACUGCAGACGGCGAGGACAAGGAGAUGAAGGAUGGCGACUCCCCGCUGAAGCUCAAACUCAGGGAGCUCCCAUUCACCGUCGAGACGCACGAGGCGGAAAUGAUCGGCAUGACCUCGGUUGCUGGUGCCGCUGCCAAUGCUGCCUCGGAGCGAGUACAAGAGGAGCUUCUGAAGCUUGACGUGAAGGGCAAAGGAAAGGGCAAGGCACAAGAAGCCGUGAAGGAAGACGAAAAGGUCGACCCUGAGACUGUGACAUUGUCCAGGGAGGAUGAGGAGAUGAUUUCGGCACUCACCACCAAGGCCAACGCCAUCAAGAUGCUGCAGGCGCGGAUCGAUCUCAUCAUCAAGUACCUGCAAAGGCUCCCUCCCCCAUACAUGGACGAGGUCAACUCCGAGGUUGCCGCCGGCGAGCAAAUCGAACCUUCCCAGACGUUGCUGCGCCUCGUGCAGGCCCUUGUCCACCGUCUCAGCAUCGUCGAGCCGUCUGACGCCGAGGCUUUCAAGGAGGAACUCCUUAGCGAGGAGAACGAUGUCAGCACGAUCCAGCUCCUCACCGAGCUCAUGAACCGGGCCGGGGCCACCAGAGACAUUGGCAAGAAAUUCCACGCUAUUGAAACAGAGAGGGCACACAACAACCAACGUGUGGCUGCUUUCGCUUCUCAGGCACCUGGAUUUGGCCAUUCUCAGCACGGAAAGGGCGGCCGACCUGGACCAUUGUCUGCAGCCGGCGAUUUGAUGUAAAAGGCUACCUUUCUCGUCCCUCGCGUACGACUCUAUCACCACCGCUGGCGUUGGGAGGCAAUUGACAUUAUGGCAUUUACGAGAAUCACGGAAGAGCACGGCGUUUUAGGGGCACCGGAAAGUGGACUGGUCACACCGCAUAGACCUUGUAUUACGGAUCCUUUGCCGUGGACGACAAUUCAAGGGCAGAUGAACUGGUCAAGAUGACUAACACGUCUUCAGUUUGUUGGCCGCGGUCAUCAUCUCGGCCAACUGAGGCCAGACGGCUGUUUAGAAGCAAGCCCUCGGGGAAUGAGUGACAGGAUAUAUCGACUGGGAAC